AUGUCAAAUGUAUCAUAUUGACUGCAAUUACUGAUCUGAAAUUAUUUCAUAGCAAAGACGAAGCUCAGUCAGGUGGAGUUAAGUUCAACACUACUCUCUAUAAGAUUGGGUGGCUUAAAAUAUGCUCUACCAAACGGUUGAGCAAGCAGUUAAAGGGACAGACGAGCAAACCGGAAGUCGUACCAGACUCGUUUGACCUGUACCUUGUGAGUGAUGCCGAAACGAAUCCACACGUUUAGACAUACAUGUCGUCGCUGUAGAAGAUUUGUGAAGUGCAACUGACGUUUAUCGCCGGCCUUGAUUCCACAGGAUGUAAAUAAAACGGACCGGAGGGGGUUUUCAACGAGUUCACGCGGAGUAUUUAUUUACAGAUUCCAGCCAUUACAUUUGAACCGGUGACAGACGAACAGGUGCUUUAUAGGGCAGUCAUAAGAACGACUUCUGCGUUGCCAAAUUGUGGAAAAUCCUCCACCAUCACUUAGUAUUUUCAGGUCCUUAAAUUCAUUAGUGAAGUCUCACUAGUCGACUGUUUGACCUCCCGUCCUCUGGUGAAGGGCUGCAGGACGCGUGUGGACCAAAAUCAUCUAUUAUAAUUCAUAAGCCAUCAAGAGGAGACCAGAUGUGGAACUGCAGUCCGUGGGCUCUUCUGCCUCCCGUCUACUCUGCGUGCACAGCUGCUGGACUGUGGGUGGUAUACUUUGUUGCUGUCGAGCAUGAGCAGAUAGAACCGCUGAACUCGCAACACAGAAGAAAUGGAUCCCGAUAUCCUCCGUACAUUAGUGUUGCAGGCAACUUUCCACCAGCCAGCUGCAUCUUCAGUGAGGUCAUGAACCUGGCAGCGUUUGUGGGGUUGAUUAUUGCUGUCCUGAGAUACCUCCAGCUGAAACACACCAUACUCAAACCGUGGCUGAAUAUUGGCACUCUACUGACUUUUGCUAUUGGCUGCUUUGGAAUGACACUCGUGGGAAACUUCCAGAUUCUCACUGAUCACUUGAUGCACAACUUGGGCACACUCAUGACGUUCGGGCUGGGGGCGCUCUUCUGCUGGCUGCAGUCCUUCAUCACCCUGAGAGUGAACCUGAGGAACGAGGGGAGGAAGGCCGGCAUCCUCCGCGUGCUGUUGUCUGGAGCCGUCACUGCCUGUAUGAUGGUCCGCUCGGUGCUGAUGUUUCAGGACUUCCACAUGCCCGCAGCUCGAUGCCAGUGGGCGCUGGUCAUGUUCUUCCUCAUCUUCAUCAGCACAUUUGCCAUCGAGUUUCGUCACAACCGCUUCGACGCCGUGUGCACAGACAACCCUGGCCGCCCGGUCGCCCUGUCGGAGACCGACGCUGAGGUGUUCAGGAACGAGCCGGACCAACUGUAGGGACGUUAACGCCGGGUCACGUUCGGAGAUCCUCAGGAUCAACUGCACGAGGCGCAUGUGUCCGCAAUUUAGCUCAAGUGUGUCUUCCUCCGGUGUUGACAUGAACACCACCUUGUGUGCAGCUUUGAGUUUUACAUAAUUUUAAAUCUACAAGCGAGCGAUCAACAACACGAGAAAAAUCGGGAAGCUACGUCAUUGCACAGUAUUCCUAAGGACAUUAAUACAAGAUACCAGAACUAACUCUGAAUUAUUUUUACUUUGCAAAAUUCAUCGGUGACUGGUGUCGGCCGCUGCCCGCGACCCGGAGCUGCGACCGCGGACACGCCGCCAGUCACAGCGGCCGGUCCGCCGGCGUCUCUGCACCAGCAGCAGCUUCACGUGGCGUCAGCCUUGUCCAGCUUCCAGUCCCUCAGCAGAUCGCUCUGGCGUCUUCCGCCUUGCAGGCCGCCGCCGCCAACACCGGUUACCGAUGAGUUUUGCAUAGUAGGGGAGCAGGGAGAUAGUUUCUCCAGGGCAGGAGCUGCCUCACUACAUAUAGAGAUGUGUUUUGGUACUAAAAAAAACAAAUAUAUCUUCUUAAGGAUAUCAAAACUUCAAAUAAAACACAAGAACAGUGACAAUAUGGGCCCUUUAAAAAUGUCACACCAAAGCUCUGCUCGGUUUGUCUAUUUUUCAUUUCUAUUUUUUAUGACUGUGACAGAAAAAGUGACUUGUCCUGUAAAGUGCCUUGAGUUGUCAAUAGGCAGAGAAAAGAGCUAUAUAAAUAUAGUCCAUUCACAGUCCAUAUACUUGGGAAACUAGUUUUACACUUAUUUUAAAAGAUUUCUAGAUUUAUUUAUUUUUACUUUCCAUAUGCUUUAUUAUCGGGGGUAUGAAUUUAUGAAUGCUGACACGUUUGCACAGUUAACAAUCAGUAUUAAUAAAAAUACAGAAAUGUU